AUGUGUAACAGCCAAGUGCAAAUAAAGCUACAACAGAGCAUCGUGGAGGAAGGGAGAAACGGACUGGGAUGUCAGUUUCCUGAAAUUGACCCCUUCUCUGAGGAAGUGAUGAAGUUUAGUAAGGAGAUACCCGAAGUAAAAUGUGAAGGAUUCGAUUGGGUUGAAUGCUAUAAAUCUAAGUGUUAUGUAGUUAAGGAGAUAUUGAGUAAAAUGCGCGAUGUCGUCUGCAGUUACAAGGAUAUAAUAUACAUAGACGAUCAUAAUUAUAAGAUUGGUGAUCCGGUCAAAGUGUACGGAGAUGGGAGCUACGUGUUGAAUAGAAGCGAUCACGUAAAGGUGUCUUGCAGCGGGAAGAAUGUGGACGGUUACAACAUCGUGGGGGACGCAACACCAGCAGCUAUAGUUCCUUUACUAUCAGGAAAAACGGAACUAGAAAUGCCGGAAGCCAGAAUCAGUUACGCCAAGGAUAUGUUCAUAGAUCCCGAGUUAUUCAUGUUUCGUAUUCUCAAGAAGUACGGAUAUCACACGGCAUAUUUCGAAGACAUGCCCUGGAUCGGCACGUUUCAGUAUCGGUACAACGGCUUCAAAUCACAACCGGCCGAUCACUAUCUAAGGGCCUUCUUCCUCGAGGAGUCCAAAUACGGUGCAAAAUGGUGGAACGGGAUUAACAAGAGACAUUGCGUUGGGGCUGUGCCUCAGUAUGGUUUGCUCCUGAAUCUUAGCAAGCAGUUCACAGAGCUAGAGGAGAAACAUUUCUGCUUUACCUUCAUUGCUGAUAUAACUCACGAGGACUUCAACAUGAUAUCCACGUCAGAUGACGGCGUUGUGGCGUUCCUACGCCAUCUCAAAGAAUCUGGAAAGUUGAGGAACCACUUGGUUAUCGUUAUGGGCGAUCAUGGUUCUAGAUACUCGGCCCUCCGUGAGACAUACCAAGGCAAAAUAGAAGAACGUCUGCCGUUGAUGGCAAUUAUUCUCCCAGAAAUGCUUAAAGAAGAACGUCCUCAGGCAGUUACGGCUUUGAGGAAUAACGCAGGCCUGUUAACCACACCUUUCGACGUCCACACGACCGUAGUAGACGCCAUGGGGUUGAAGGAGUUGGCGAAUAAAUAUACAGUUCCCGGUUCUGAUAUACCGAGGGGGAUGAGUUUGUUGGAGCCGAUCCCAAAGUCGAGGACGUGUGGUCAAGCGGCGGUUUUGUCGCAUUGGUGCGUCUGUAGCAAAUGGUACAACGUGUCUGCGUCAGAUCCAAUGUACACGAAGACGGCAAAAGCGCUCGCCGAUUUCAUUAACAAUGUCACUGAGGAGGUGCGGUCUCUAUGCAUCGAAAGGAAACUCACUUCAAUAGAGUGGGUGAUGAAGCAGAGUUCAAACGACGAUAUCCUUAACUUCAGAUACAGCAGCGAUGGGGACGGAUUGCACCAUAAGUAUGUCACCGCGGAGGUUAAGGUAAUUCAUUAA